AUAACGCCGCGUGAGCUGGUGUUGUCAGCUGGGUGGGGCGCGAGGGGGGAGAGCGUGUCCGGCUCCGGCGAUGGCGGGGGCGGGGAAGAAGGCGAGGGUGGUGGUGGUUGGCGGCGGCGCCGGCGGCUCCUUCCUCGCCAAGAACAUGCAGGGCCACGCCGACGUCGUCCUCGUCGACCCGAAAGAGUACAAGGAGAUCCCCUGCGCUGAGCUGCGGUCGAUGGUGGAACCAUCUUUUGCUGAGAGAUCAUUAAUCUACCACAAAGAUUACCUAAAAGACGCAACCAUCGUGACAUCUUCUGCGGUCAAUAUCACUGAAGACGCUGUCUUGACGGCUGAUGGCCAGUCUCUUCCAUAUGAUUAUCUUGUCAUAGCGACUGGCCAUGCUUUCACUACUCCUGUGAGCAGAGCUGAGAGGCUAAAAGAAUUCCAGAGAGAUAAUGCCAAGAUAGAGUCAUCAGAAUCUGUGCUGAUAAUUGGGGGUGGUCCAACUGGUGUUGAACUAGCUGCAGAGAUUGCGGUAGACUACCCAGGGAAGAAGGUGACCCUUGUCCAUAGAGGACCGCGUCUACUUGAGUUCAUGGGAGAAAAGGCUUCAAAGAAGUGCCUCGAUUGGCUGACUUCUAAGAAAGUAGAAGUGCUUCUUCAGCAAUCGGUUAACUUGGGCACAUUAUCAGACACAGAGAAGGUGUACAAGACAUCAGGCGGAGAAACAAUAACAGCUGAUUGCCACUUUGUGUGCAUUACAAGGCCACUGAGUUCAUCGUGGCUACAUGAUACCAUCCUAAAGGAAUCUUUGGAUAGCAAAGGGAGAGUAAUGGUGGAGAAGGAUUUAAGAGUGAAAGGUUAUAAUAACAUUUUCGCAGUUGGUGAUAUCACAGAUAUUCCUGAAAUCAAACAAGCGUACAUCGCCCACAAGCACGCCCUGGUUGUGGCAAAGAACCUGAAGUUACUGAUCAAUGGUUUGCCCAACAGCAAACUGACAACUUACAACCCCGGUUACCCGAUAGCACUCGUCUGUCUUGGAAGGAAGGAAGGACUGCUUCAGUUUCCCUUGCUGACGCUCUGCGGGUGGUUGCCGGGCAAGAUCAAAUCCGGAGAUGUUUUCGUCGGCAAGACGAGGAAGGAGAUGGGCCUCAAUGGUUGACUCCGGUCCGUGGGAGCUUGAAAAUUCUUCUGCCCUGGUUUCCAGACGAUGGCUUCCUUCAAACAAAGCUAUGUCUUGCUCAUAUGGUCAUAUGCCUCUGUAUUUGAUACGAAUAUUUUCUGACCGUAUCCGACAUCGAAUUUGUUUAGAGAAGUUUAGAUCUGUCCAUAUACGACUCCGAAUAUUCAACAUCCGAUGAUGUAUCCGUAUCUGAAUUCUCAAAUCACAUAUUUAUGAUGUCGAUAUUCAUUUAUAUCCUAUUCGACAUAUUUAA